AUGUCCAACGCACCCAUUACUCAUCCUUGUAUUGAAAAUGGCUGGUUCAUGGAAAAGAACGACCAAUGGCCUGGUCAAGCCAUGUCCUUGAAGGUCGAAGAAGUUCUUCACCAUGAAAAAUCCAAAUAUCAGGAUGUUUUGGUCUUCCAAUCUUCCAACUACGGCAACGUUUUAGUUCUUGACAAUGUUAUUCAAGCUACUGAACGUGAUGAAUUCUCUUACCAAGAAAUGAUUACUCAUCUCGCCAUGAACUCUCACCCUAACCCUAAGAAGGUUCUCGUUAUCGGUGGUGGUGAUGGUGGUGUUCUUCGUGAAGUUGUCAAGCACGAAAGUGUUGAAGAAGCCGUCCUUGUUGACAUUGACGAAGCUGUUCCUCGUGUGUCGAAGAAAUACCUUCCUAACAUGGCCAUCGGUUUUGAACACCCCAAGGUCAAGGUUCACAUCGGUGAUGGUUUUGAAUUCUUGAAGGACAAGACCAACCAAUACGAUGUCAUUAUUACCGAUUCCUCUGAUCCUGAUGGUCCUGCUGAAUCUCUCUUUGGUGCUGAAUUCUUCCAACUUCUCAAGAACGCUUUGACUGAGAAGGGUGUCUUCUCCACCCAAGGUGAAUGUAUGUGGCUUCAUCUUCCUCUCAUCAAGAAGGUCAUGAACUUCUGUAAAGAUCUUUACCCUCGUGUUGAAUAUGCCUACACUUGCAUCCCUACUUAUCCUUCCGGUCAAAUCGGUCACAUCAUCUGUUCAAAGGAUCCCAAUGCUAAGUUGAGAGAACCUCUUCGUUCAUUCACUCGUGAACAAGAAGAGAAGCUUUUGCGUUAUUACAAUGCUGAUAUCCACAAGGCUGCUUUCGUCUUACCUCAAUUUGCUAAGAAAGUUUUGUAUGAACAAUAA